UUACGACGGUCUCACGUCGCGUUAGUGUCACAUGAAACAAAAGGUUCAAAACUCAGCAACUCUUCCACGCUUUCUGCUAGCGUGCACCCUUAUUGCUUUGCGUGCGCCUGUUGCGCACCAGCCCGACCCGCGCAACCUCACCACCUUUCCUCCUAGUCCAAUAACCAACCACGCUUCCUCUGUCAUCCUCGACAAUAACGGACUCGAGACUGAUAAGACCGUCGCUUCCACUGAUCCUAUCGACGAGAUCUCAGUUUCUUGUUUCGAUUCCGAUCUGCUAUCCAUGUCGAAAGCACGAGUUUAUGCUGAUGUUAACGUCCUCCGUCCCAAGGAGUAUUGGGAUUACGAGUCUCUCUCUGUGCAAUGGGGUGACCAAGAUGAUUAUGAAGUUGUUCGUAAAGUUGGAAGAGGAAAGUAUAGUGAGGUUUUUGAGGGCAUAAAUGUGAAUAGUAAUGAGCGUUGCGUAAUCAAGAUUCUCAAACCUGUUAAGAAAAAGAAGAUCAAGAGGGAAAUAAAAAUACUUCAGAAUCUCUGUGGUGGCCCAAAUAUAGUCAAACUUCUUGACAUUGUUAGAGAUCAGCACUCAAAAACUCCAAGCCUGAUAUUUGAAUAUGUGAACAGUACAGACUUCAAAGUUUUGUAUCCCACACUCACUGAUUAUGACAUACGCUACUAUAUAUAUGAGCUUCUCAAGGCAUUGGAUUACUGCCAUUCACAAGGAAUAAUGCAUAGAGAUGUCAAGCCUCACAAUGUUAUGAUUGACCAUGAGUUGCGAAAGCUCCGCUUGAUAGACUGGGGUCUUGCUGAAUUUUACCAUCCUGGCAAGGAAUAUAAUGUUCGGGUGGCAUCAAGAUACUUUAAGGGUCCUGAGCUUCUAGUUGAUUUACAAGACUAUGAUUAUUCUUUGGACAUGUGGAGCCUUGGUUGCAUGUUUGCAGGGAUGAUAUUUAGGAAGGAACCAUUCUUUUAUGGCCAUGACAACCAUGAUCAGCUUGUCAAAAUUGCAAGGGUACUCGGAACUGAUGAGUUGAAUGCAUAUCUGAAUAAAUAUCACUUAGAGCUUGAUCCUCAACUUGAUGCGCUUGUUGGGAGGCACAGUAGAAAGCCCUGGUCAAAAUUUAUUAAUGCAGACAAUCAGCAUCUGGUUUCUCCAGAGGCCAUUGAUUUUCUUGAUAAGCUUCUUCGAUAUGAUCAUCACGACAGACUAACAGCAAAAGAAGCAAUGGCACAUCCAUAUUUUUCACAAGUGAGGGCUGCAGAAAGUAGCAGAAUGCGGACCCAGUAGGCCAUUACAUGGCGAGGAUGUGAAAUCCUUGUGAUUUAUCUAGUCUAAAAAACAAUUGUGAGAUUGUGUAUGGGUUUUAUACAAUGAUCUGUCGCUUGUUUGAGAAAGGAUGCAACGUUAUCUUAUUGUCAUGGCUUGUAUUUUUAUAAUAAUUUACUUUAUGAGAAUC